CUCCGAUGGGCGGGGCUUACACUGACAAGGUUGGGGCGUGUUACGCUCGGUGGAGUAGUGCUGCAUCUGUCACUUCCACAGGGAGGAGCAGUGACAUCCUGCUUAAGUCAGCUGAGAGGACCAGUAGCAGCAGCAGCAGCGGGUCCUCUGUAGCUUCACCCCGGGUCGGUCUGCAUGCUGUGGGACAGGAGUCUCCACCGGUCAUCCCACUAUGCGUUUGUCCAUCACCUCGACCACCGGCAGCCCGCUGGAGCUCACCGUCCUCCGAGGAGAGACUGUGGAGGGACUAAGGACGCUCAUCUCUCAAAAACUCAGACUGCCGACCAACAGAAUCGUGCUCCUGCAUAGGGACAGACAGCUGACUACAGGAAAACUGUCCGACCUGGGUGUAGCAGAUGGCAGCAAACUGACCCUGGUCCCUGUGAUUGAAGCUGGUUUAGUAUACUCGACUGCCCGAGCUGAGAAAACAAUGAUGGACGUCUUGGAAAGUUUAACAGAAGUCCAGAUCAGUGACUUUCUGUCUGGACGUUCACCUCUCACCAUCAGCCUGGGAGUUGGUGCCCACCUGAUGUACCUGCAGCUCCAGCUGUCUACACAGAACGUAGCACAGCUGCAGCAGAACCCGGACUCGAGACCCCAGCGCAGCAGUGAGCUUCAAACUGGUCUACCCACUGCAACCAGGAUGAGCCACUCGGACUCUGCCCGGAUCAACACCACAGGAUCCUCUAUAUCACCUGCUUCCCAAACCUCAACUCCAGCUCCAGGCUCUUCCAGCUCUCCAUCUUUGAUCCAGCUAAGCUCUCAAAGACCCAGAACUUCCUUUAACUCAACAGGACCGGCCUCCCUUUCAUCUACCUCCACCUCUGCUGUGAACUUCCAUCAUCCCUCAUCUCCACAUCAGUGCCGUCCUCCCCACUCUGCACACACAUCUUCUCCCAGAAUUUCUUUGCCUUCUGGUUGUGCACAUCUCAGCUUUCCAGUACAAGCAGCCACACCAGUCUGUUCUCCUGCUCCCACUGGUGUGAUUCCUGGACCCCAGAGCCCAGUGCCAGCCUCAACUGUCAAAGAGAAUGAUGUUCAUGCUUCACCUGCCACAGAGCUGUGCAAGCAGCCAGGAGCAGUUAUAGAAAGUUUUGUAAACCACUCUCCGGGGGUCUACUCUGGGACUUUUUCUGGUACUCUGGCUCCUUGCAGUCACAGCGGCCUCAGCCAUCCUCGGGACGGCAUUAAUAUCAUUCUCCAGAUCCUAAAUGACCUCCUCAGAGCUGCCUACCACCACCAGGGGGCUCCACACGCCCUCUUUCAUCUUCACUGUCCUGCUUCAAACCCUUCAGUCGGCCCACUGCUCACAGCAGAGGAGCAAAGCAAAGCUAAAAGCAAACCACUGGUGAGCCGGAGGCCAGAGCACCUCAGCAAAACUCCAGGUGAGGAGAGUCGCCCCCAUCAGUCACCAACACAGGAGAAUCAAGCAUUGCACUCUAAGCUGGAGCGCCUGCAGUUUUUAAUGCACCAGAGGCGUCUCCGCAGGCAGACUCGCAGAACCUCGCACCUGUGGAAAAUGUCUCAUUCAUACCAGCAUCGUCACCAUCAUCCCUAGUCCCCUGCAUGGAAAAGAUCCACCCACUGUGAUAGUAGUUGCAGCCUUCUGAUGAGCAAGGACACAUCAAAGAACCAUAAUGGAGACCAGAGCUGAACUCUCACCUUGUGGAAUAGGUGAAAGUGAGCAGAGUGCAUGCUUUUUUGCUUUUCUUACACUAUGAGAACUUCUGAAGAGUGUAUGCCCUGAACCUCAGAGGAAUCAGAUUUUUGUGGCUGUCACUGCACUGAGCAUCUUACUUCAUGCAACACAAUGGCUCACAUUGGUAUGUAGCACAUGUCACAAAAGGUUCUAAUAUGUGUUUUCAUGUCAGACAUCUUGGUGUUUUGUACCUCUUACUGUAUGUGUGUUUAUGUAUUCCAAUGCCUUAACCUUGUAUGUCUUGAAUGUAAACUGUAUGUAAAUAUACACAGAUUAAGGAA